AUGCAGGAACAGAGUGCAGGGAAGAUGUUAGAGAGGCUUCAAAAGAUGUCGCCGGUCGAGAUACGUCGAGAGAGAAGCCAGUUCAUUGCUGAGAUAGCUCGGGGACGAUUUAGUGAAUCGGAAAAGCUGACUUUGCGAAUGGAGUUGCAAAAGCGACUCUUAGAGAGCAGAACACAACAGGAACCUACUGGAGAAAUUGGUGCUCUAGCCGGAGCUGAAAAGGCUAUUACGGCCCAAUGUGAAAUGUCAGCAGUGGCAUCACGACGACUGGCCGAAUCGGAUGCCAAGCUUAUGCGCAUCAAAAGCACUCAAGACCGACUGGCGCAAGAGAUGGACAGGGCUGAGAAGACAAUUCAGAAGCGGAAAUCGCGCGAGUUUCGGGAUGACAUUGCCUUUUUAGGGGCCUUAGGACUCUUUUUUGCUGUUUGUAUCUAUGUACUGCUGAGUAGACUGGUUUUGAAAUGA